GGCAGGCAGGUGGAGCGGGAGCAACAAGUCCUCCGGCGGCGGCGGCGGGGAGGGGAGCGGGAGGCGGAGGGGGGGGCGCUUCCCGCCCCGCGCCUGAAAAUCUCUCUGACAAGUGGCAAAGCGCUCGCAGAGCACGCUGCUCCCUCCGAAGGGUGGCUGGAAGCCGCGGGGGCACGCCUCGCACCCAGCCCCGCUGCCGGCUUGUGGCUCGCCGCCCCCGCCUCCCGCCGCCGCCUCUGCCGCGGGGUGGGUCGCGACCCGCUGCCGGCGGUGCGCGGUGCGGUGCGGGCUGCGGAGCGCCGCCGCUUCGCCUUCAAAGUGUGUCAGCCGGCUGCGGGCUUUGCUUCUACUUGCCGCCGGUUUUUUUUCCCCUUUUAAAUAACUGUUUUGCCGCUUUGUUAUUUAUUUUUCUCCUACUGCGUUGCUUUUUUUUGUUACUGUUGUUUGUAAACUAAUUGCCUCCAUGGGGGGCGGAGGAAAGGAAAUCAAAGCUGCCGCAGCUGAAGGGAGUGCGAGCACGCUGGGGAAGAGCCGAGGACCCGCAGGACAGGAUGGCAGCGGGAAGCCCGGCGGCAGCGGGAAGCCCGGCCUCGGGAAGCCCGGCUGCAGCGGGGACCGCUGCCCGCGGCGGGCCGGGCCGGUCGGCUCCGCGCUGGCCGCGCUCCUCUCGGCGCUGGCCGCGGCCUCCUGCGUCUACCUGGGGGUGCGGACCAGCGAUCUCCAGGCCAGGGUCGCGGCCAUCGAAGGCGCCCGAGGGGGCUUCUCUGCCGCCGCGCCGCUCCCGCCGCUGCCCGGCUUUUCCUUGGAGCAGCUGAACGCGAUGAUGCAGGAGAAAGUGGAGCGACUUCUCGCCCAGAAAUCCUACGAGCACUUGGCAAAAAUGCGAGUAGCGAGAGAAGCGGCUCCAGAGUGCAACUGCCCACCAGGUCCUCCAGGUAAAAGAGGUAAGCGGGGAAGAAGAGGAGAGACUGGACCUCCUGGUCAGCCUGGUCCACAAGGCCCUCCUGGUCCAAAAGGCGAGAAGGGAGAUCAAGGUGAUCAGGGCCCUCGGGGUCUGCCAGGCUUCCCCACAGUUGCUGCUCUGCACAGUAAUCAGAUCCUCACCGUCAAGGGGGACCAAGGACAAGCUGGACCCCCUGGACCUCCAGGGCCACCAGGACCCAGAGGUCCCCCAGGAGACACUGGCAAAGAUGGUCCUCGUGGGAUGCCUGGCUUAACGGGUGAGCCAGGAAAACCAGGAGAACAAGGAUUGACAGGACCUCAGGGGCCUCCAGGACAAAAGGGUUCUGUUGGAGUGCCUGGUAUUCCAGGGAGAGAUGGACAAGUGGGUGAACCUGGUUUGCCUGGCAUAGCAGGAGAGAAGGGAGAAGCAGGGCUCAAGGUCAGCCCUGGAGAAAGAGGAGAGAAGGGGGAUGCUGGUGAGAAUGGACUGAAAGGUGACACAGGAGAAAAGGGUGACCCUGGCUCUUCUGCGGCUGGAAUUAAGGGUGAACCCGGUGAAUCUGGGCGGCCUGGACAAAAGGGUGAACCAGGCCUUCCUGGGCUUCCUGGACUCCCUGGAAUAAAGGGUGAACCAGGUUUCAUUGGUCCACAGGGAGAACCUGGGUUGCCAGGGCUACCAGGAACAAAGGGUGACAGAGGAGAGGCAGGCCCUGUUGGGAAGGGUGAGCGAGGGGAACCUGGAAUCCCUGGACCAAAGGGUGAUACAGGUGAGAGAGGUGACACAGGAUCUGCAGGUCCACGGGGACCACCUGGACAGAAGGGUGAUCAAGGUGCAACAGAGAUAAUUGAUUAUAAUGGCAAUAUCCAUGAAGCUCUGCAGAGGAUUGCCACCCUGACUGUCACGGGACCACCAGGACCACCAGGACCCCAAGGGCUGCAAGGGUCAAAGGGUGAACCAGGAUCCCCAGGAGCUCCAGGAGCUGAUGGAGAGCAGGGUCCUAAGGGCUCAAAAGGAGACACAGGUGAUCCUGGAAUGCCCGGAGAAAAGGGAGGAAUUGGACUGCCUGGCCUACCAGGAGCCAAUGGCAUGAAAGGUGAAAAAGGAGACGUCGGUUUGCCUGGUGCCCAAGGUCCUUCAAUGAUAGGACCACCUGGACCACCAGGGCCACAUGGUCCUCCAGGCCCCAUGGGACCUCAUGGACUGCCUGGCCCGAAGGGUGAACCAGGGUUAAAUGGUCUUAAAGGAUUGAAGGGUGAACCAGGUCAAAAGGGUGACAGAGGGCCCCUUGGUCUUCCAGGAGCAUCUGGCUUAGACGGGAAGCCAGGAGCCCGGGGCAUAGAUGGCCCAGUUGGUCCCCAUGGCCCUGCAGGUCCCAAAGGAGAGAGAGGUGAGAAGGGAACUGUAGGUGACCCUGGACCCAGAGGACCAUAUGGCUUGCCUGGCAAAGACGGCGAGCCUGGCCUCGAUGGUUUCCCUGGUCCUCGAGGAGAAAAGGGUGAUAUAGGAGAAAAGGGAGAAAAGGGGGAAAAGGGAAAGAAAGGCAAAAAAGGGCCUAAAGGGGAGAAAGGAGAACAGGGUGCUCCUGGAUUAGAUGCACCUUGCCCAUUGGGUCCUGAUGGAUUACCAAUGCCUGGCUGCUGGCAAAAGGGAGUCACACCAUGGCUCAUUGCUAAAAAGAGAUAAACCAGAGGAGCAUAGAGAGAGGCCUUGAAUUUUUGGGGAAUAGCAUUCCAGCUGCAGGUGGAUGGCUUCCAUUCUUGCGGGAUACGUGGCCCCUUGGAUCAGAGAGGGCCCCGCCUGUUGAUCAGCGUCGGUUUGCCUUGCACUGCUCACAGCCGUGAAGACAUUCACGAUAGGCCCUGUCGAGUCCUUCGUCAGGGGGACAGAAGUUUGAAGAAGAAACCAGACUUCUCUGUGGGUUGUUUGAAAAGGUUACAGAGGUGCUGCAGGGAUCAUUUGAUGGCAGACACCACCUGAGACCAGAUGCUUCUCAGCCUCACUGGAGGACGGACAGAGUGUAUGCGCUCUGCAUGUUGUAUUUUGGGACUGCUGGAGGAGAAAGCACUCUUGAGGUGGGGAUGAAUCAGAUCAUCCUCCAGAGGAGGAUAACAAUGGAACUGACCAGAGAUGUAUGUAUCAUGGUGUGGUUUUCAGGUUGUUCACUUUAAAUUACACAUAACUAGCUGAACUUCUCCGCGGGAAUUUGGAAGCAAUGGUUGGUUUUGUUUCCUUUUCCUGUUUCUGUUGCCAUAAAGAAUGCAUUUCAAUAAUCUAUUCAACAUUUGUGAUGAUGGCAUUGAAGAAAAUACUUUCAAGCCACAUAUUCGUCUUGUUUCAGUAUUAACAGUUUUUAUUUCAGAGUCUUUGAAGCCUUUAAGUCUAGAAGAGAAAGAGUUUAUUUUUAUGUUUCACAGAAUGGUGUAUUCAUCUUGCUCCUUUUAUGUUGUUACGGUGAUUUUAGUGGACAUUAUUGCUCAAAAACCAUUGGAGAGAAACAAUUCUGUGUGAUUAUCACUGCACGAUUAGCACCACGCUCCACUGUUAAAUGUGUUGAUUUUUCUCCCUUUCUGUUCAGAUGGCUUUCUAGAGAAACAUUUCCUUCUCCACUUUUUUUUUUUUUUUUAUUGCUUGAAACACGUAAUUUGUGCACAUUUGUAGUUUUGCCACAAGGUAUUUUUUACAAUUUUGAGUUUUCAUAUGGUGCACUGAAGUUAGUUUGAGAGUAUAAUUUAUGAGAAAUGGUGCCAUAUUUGGCAGAUGGAAAUUCUUUUUAUAUCAUUUCUGUUCCUAAUGUAUAUAGCAGAAUCAUCCCGUUUUUAGGAGGGUUUUUUCUGAGGAGUUGUCUUUCAUAUGUAGACCAAAACUAAGUUGAAGAAGACAGCUUGUCUCCAUUCAUACAAGGGCACCUUAUGCCCGUCUUGGAACACACAUUUUUCCUGGCUCCAUCGUUUCUAAAUCAUGUGAAGAUGGGGUCACACUUUUUGUAUUGCUUCACAAUCUCAGAUCAAUGGAAAUGCCACUAUAAUUUAAUAUUUCUCUUUGAUGAAUCUUUAUUUUCAUUUUGGUAUAUUGGAGUCAAACCCAGCUUUUAAUUGAGGAAAACUCAGAUUUUUAAAGCAAAAAGUCAAUUUAGUGGCCUCCAAUUAGUAUUAUCUUACUAAUAAAAACAAAAUUCUCACACUAUACCCUGAAUACAUGUGUAUUUUUACUGCUCAAUCCCCUCUUUCCAAUAGUAAGAAAUGUGUUCACAGAAAUAAGGAAAUAUGUUUUGCUUUCCCUAAAUUUUCAGAGAUGCAAGUAUCAACCUGUUAGAGUAGUAGAUUAUUUCAACAGUGGGAACCUUCAGGAGGGACAGACAGAAUAUAAAAUGUUACCAGGGAGUUACAGUGAUGACACCGCUGAGGGCCUUUCAGAGGGAUGACAGGAGCAGCGCUCUGUAAGCCUCUGAGCUGCCACUUUCAGGCUGCUUGUUGAGGCAGCAGUGUCUCAAAGAACCAGCAGGCUGGGUGAGGAGCAAACUCAUCAGAAAAGAGUCGCUUGUGCCAGUGUGCUGACUUGGCACUUUUGGCUGGGUGGAUGGUACAUGUGGAGACCAGAAGCUGAAUGUUUGUUAAGAUAUCGAAUACUGGCAAUCAAUACAGUAAGAUGAAAUAUUUUUUAAAGGUCCUUCAGAGUAUUUACAUGCAAAAUCAAGUAGGAUGUUUAUCAUCUGGCGAGAUAAAUAAUGCUGAUAAAUAAUUAGCACUUUCUUUUCCUUUUAUUUAAUUUGUGUACUUAUAUUUUUUAACUGCCCUCCUAGCAUCCAUUUCUAUAUGCACCAGUAAAGCUAGCAGAGCUUUGGCCCAUGGUUUUGUCAUUCAGGAAAUAAUUAUAGAUGCUACUGUUAAAUGUUAGUCAAAACUCAAUUCUCCUUUAACUCCCUGACACUGAGACCCUACUGAAGAAACACUUCAGCACCUUCAUUUGCUUUCUUUUCUGUCUUGUAAAUUAAUUUCUUUAUUAAAUUUCCAGCAGGUAGGAAUACUUUUCAAAUAAUCUUACUUGGCUUUUUUAGCCUUUGUGUUGUUCAGUAUCAUGGAAUGUUUAUUCCUUUUAAAUAACCAUGAGUGAGCAGUAGAUAAACAAUUUCAUUUGAAUGGUUAAACUACAUAUAUAGAUUUGGCAUUAAUACUUGCAUCUCAGAUUGGAUUGAAGUGAAACUUUAAAAUAUCUGGAAAAGUUGCAUGGUCAGUACAAGAAGAAAAAAAGAGAAUUUGUUUCAAUAUUUCAUCAAGAAAAGCACCCUGUGAAGACUUGCAACGUGUUUGUUUUGUUCAAGAAGCAACUAUAUCUGGUGCUAGUAUAUCUUUUUCCUUUUGAUGGCAAAGCUACAGUUUGAACUGCCAGUGUGGUGUUGUAUCUUUUAGUGGCAUUCCUCCAAAUAGAUAUGAUUUUUUUUCUUUAGUUUGUGACAGGAACAGUAGUUCCUCUACCAGUCUUUUCAGUUGUAGAAAUGUGUAGUGGUAUUAGUCUACACAGUUUCUAUAUCCCUGACUUUUCAGGUAUGAUUAAUCCUUGUUUCGUUGAGAGUUUUCAGUAUUUGUUUCAUAUGAAGUUUUGUAAUUAUCUGUUACUGCAGUGUAUUAAAGCCACAUUGUGCAGAAGUCCUGCUACAGAGGCCACAAAUCUUUUAAGCACUGUAUGGAAUAUGUCUGACAUAUAUGGUCUUUGUCUUCAUAUUCAUGGACUAACUAUGGGAAAGCUUUCUUUCAGGAUGCUUUGGAAAACUUUAUUUUUUCUUGAGGUAAAGCAUGAGAUGUUAAAUCACAGAACAAUGAUACAAUGUAUUUUUGAUUUCUAUUUUUAUUUAUUGCUGGUUGUGAUGUCCUAUUCUGAUAGUGUAGCAAAGCAGAAUGAUACUCUUCAUCCAGCUGUUUGUAUAUUCUUUCAGUCUAUGGUGUAAGCAGUAUGAAAGAGUUUCAGAACAAUCAGAUCCAUUUAUCUGCACAUGUGUAAAGUAUGGAGUUGGAAAAGGAAUAAUUCUUAAGGUUGAUGUGCGGUGUGGACAGUUAGCUUUGGCCCCAGUGAGCAUCGCACCCAUGGAUGGGGUGCGUGUGCCCAGGUGAGAGACGGAGCAACUCCAAAAUGAGAUCAGCUGGCCUUUGGUGGGAGGGUGGUGUUUGCAGGGCUGGGGGCUGUGCCAGGAUACGUGGCUGUGAUCCUGGACCCCCAUGGGGUGUGGAGGGAGUGGUCCCACUGGCCACCCCAGAACUGGGAUGGCAAACCCGGCUCAGCCAUGCAGGGCGCCUCCCCUGGCUGUGCCUCCCCAGCCCCAGCAAGGGCAGGGGACAGAGAUGAGCCCUUUCCUUGCAAAGCUCUUUGAGACACACAGGAGGGAGGACCCAGGUGUUACACUUUGUAAUGAGGGGGGUAUUACCACCUUCAGCAGUGGGGUUUUGCCUAAAUCGGGGCUAGUUCAGUAAGAACUGCAGAGAUGUUAUCGGCCUAUUUAUUGGAAGUGAUGGAAAGGUUCAAGGCAUGCAGAGGUUGACCCUUCCCUUCAAAUUUCCUGAUCUCUGCUUCUUGACCAUCUUAUAUUACAUUUUUAAAUCUCUGUAUUUUACCUAAUGAGAUUCCUAAAUUUUCACACUAAAGACUCACAGAAAACACAUCUGCAAAGAUAGUGGUCAAAAGAAAGUCUAAUUUGUAGUCAUUGUAAAAUUUUAUUUCAGUGACUGGAAUUAAAACUAACACUGAUUUUUUGUUCUUUUCUGCCAUUUAUUUUUAUGGAUGUCAGUGUUGCUGUAAUGUAAAAAUGAAGGUUUUCUUGCACCCUCUGUUAUUAAAGUAUUUUAUGUGGUGGUUGGAUUCAUUAAAUGCAUUUAGAAACAAGUGCCUGCCACCAUCAUUUCUGAAAAGGAUACUCUACAGAACAAGUGGAGUUUGUAUUUUAAAAGGGAUUUGGAGUGUUGUUUUUGUUUCAUUUUGUUUUUAAAUGCAUCCAAUUAUCAGUGCUGCUUGGAAAUUGAAUUUUCUUUGAAAGCAGGGGGCCUUAACUUAACCUGGGACCGUUAGUGUUUUACUUGUUUCUAUUUUAAAAAGAAAUCGUAUUAAUUUCCCAGAUCCCAUUGGUACUUGCACACUUCCCUGAAGUAUUAUGGAGAGUUGGGUUGGUGGAAGAAUGUUUUACAUAUUGUUAACAUAUAUGUGGAUAUUCUUAUAUUAUUGUACAUGUUUGGAAAAAUAUCACACAACUUUAAAAAUGUUGCUAAGAUGUAUGUAUCUGACUUUUUCCUUUGGAAAAUAUUAUAUAUUUUUAUUUGUAUUUUUUACUUUUUUAAGUUCAUCUAUAUGUGCCGUUAUUUUUGUAUUGCAAAUGGUCUCAUAAAUGAAGUAGAAGAGAUAAAAAUACAAAGAAAAGUAAUUUGGCAAGGAUUUCAGUGUUUGGGGGGCAAAAUACAUGGGUCAGCAUAAUAUUAUCAAUACUAGAAAUAUUUUGAGUGUCUUAGCACUGUAAAUAUGUCACAAGACCUCUUUUGAUGAGUAGUGUAAAGAAUUGCAAGGUUUUAAUCACCCAUUUUAAUUUGUUAUUAUUUACCACUUUCUUGUGGGCACUGGUCUGGACUUAAUUGAACCCGAUCAAACAGCAUGCUUUUGUUUUUAUUAUUAAAAUUUCUCCUGUUUUUUCAGUUGAAUAUUGUUUUGUUUUCUUUUAGUUUUGUACUUCAGGUUUUUUUUCUUGCUUUUGAGAAGUUGAUCUUCAGAAUUAUUUUUACACUAUUUAUGAUUUAUUUUCAUAAUGUAAAAAGUGUGUAAUUAUUAAAAUAUUAAUCCAA